GAAAUUGCCCAGCUGUGGUUGCAACAUCGAGAUGAUCCACGGUGGCAGUUGAUCUUCGUCAUGAUGGGAUUGCAAGAUGAGGUGCCUGAGCAGAAAAAGUUGCCGGACAAACAAGCCCCAGGAGUCUGUGAAUCUGGUGCCCAGCCAGCCUCAGCUGCAGCAGGGGUCAGUGGAUGUGAGUCAAGUGGAUCUGGUGCCAAGCCAGCCUCAGCUGCAGCAGGGGUCAGUGGAUGUGAGUCAAGUGGAUCUGGUGCCAAGCCAGCCUCAGCUGCCCAACCGGCUCCAGCACCCAAGCCAUCUGCUGAUGGGGCAGGACCCAGUGGAUCGCAGCCAGCAACAAGUGCAGAUCCGUCGACACCACCGAAGAAGAAGAAAGCCGACCCUUCUUCACCAGCAACACCUGCAAAAGGUAAGGGUCCCAAACGAGUGAAAGGUUGCAGAGGAGUUCAGUUUGGGCAGCCGCAGGAAGUGGACACGAAGUUGAGAGGGGCCAAGAGACGGAACCUUGGAUCCUUGGUGCAGAUAGAUUCAGAGCCUCCCACAGAUGGCGCACCUGGUUCCAAAGAUGGUGCACAUGAGUUAGAUGUUGGGCAACUUCCACUGGAAGAUGGUGAUAUGGAAGAGGAUGAGGAGGAGAUGAACAGAGGAAUCACCAGGAGGUCUCACAAAAGAACUUGCUGGAAGAAAGGGAAAAGUGAGAGUCAGAAGUACAUUCAAGCUGUCAAGAUGUACUUGACCGACAUUGGCAUCACAUGGCCGCUCUUCCAGCGCGUGCACAGCAGGUUUGCGCCAAUGAAGAAAACCAGUAGAUGUGGAGAAGGUGGUUUUGUUCGUUUGCAAGCCAAGCUACUUGCAAAAGAGAAGUUGGAAUGCGAGGGAUGCAAGUCCAUGUUGGCCAACCACAAGUUCAGUCAUGAAGAUUUGAAAGAAGCCACUGAGCAAGUUCUUGCCGGACAGAGGGAUCCAAAGGACAGGUUCAAGGAGGCAGUUGACAAUGAAGGCAAGGAACCAACGAUCAGCAAAAAGAGGAAGGGAGCCAGAAAGAACCAAAAGGGAGAUGAGCAGGAUGGGGAGGAAUCUGAAGACAAUGGCCCAGAAGCAUGCAUGAAAUUCCUCAAGCAGUUCGAGCCUUGGAUCCAGCUUCUUCCUGCAGGAUCUUUUGGAAAAAAGCAGCCAUAUCGAUGCAUCGCAUGCACCAGCCGCAGUCAACCACAAGGACGUGUGGGAGACUUGGUUGAGAUGAGACUUGGUUCCGUGAAGCACUUCUUGACUCAGCAUACCGGAUGUCCUACUCACGACAGGAAUGUCAAGAAGAUGCAAAGAGUGGAACUUGUCAAAGAGAAGCAGAAGGUUGACUGCCAAGGCUUAUCCAUCGAAGAUGCAGAGACUGCAGGGAGACUUUGGGUCUAUCGCAAUGAAUUUGCUCUUUGGGCGUCGGUGGCCAACUUCAAGUCGUGUGCCCGACACACAUACUUCCAUGAUGCCAAUGCUGGAACAUGGAUUGUCAAAUCCUCUGAUUGUGAGAAGCAGACGCUUGAAAGCGAAGAAAUGGAAAGGCAUGUUUGCUCAGCUUGUCUUGCCUUGGGAGCUGCACAUAGUGUUGUGCGCUCUCCAAUCCGGUUCACACGAAAGUACUAUGCAGCUCAACUACUCAGUGCCCGGAUGUUUCAGAAUGAGGCAGGAGUGGAUGACGUCCUUGCUGAGAUCAAAAGCACCACCCUCUACAAGCAGAAUGACACAAAGCUCAAGGAAAUCAUGCAACUGGAGACACACCGGCUGCAGCAAUGGGUCAGACUCAGCUGUGCAUCUGAUGGUGGAGGAACCGACCGCUACAAGCUCUUCAUGUCCACAGUUGUGAAGCCAACUUUGGGCAUCAAUGUUGGGAACAUUCCUUCCAAUUUGCAAGACACCGUUGCUCGUUUUACAGCGAUUCUGCGAGGAAGUGAGGCUGGAGAGGAAGAUGUCAUCCGCUUGAAGGUGGCCUGUAGUGCCAUAAAGGGUGACUUAUCCAGGCACCCGCUUAUCUGCGGACUGACACUCCAAUGCUCCAGGAUGAUGGAGAAAGCCUCUCGUGGAAUCUGGUGCAUGACUGGAAGGCGGAGCAAUUGCUCCGAGCGGGAGGCUGCACUGGUAGCCGAUGCCGGGCAACAGCUGGCAAUGGCCUGUGGCAACCAUAUCCUUGCAAAGGAGUUCGGCAUUUCAUCGAGACUAUGCAAGGUCCACGUCGAGGAUUUGAAUGCCCAGAGCUUGCCCACCCCUUCACUUGCAGUGCGGCAUCCAGAAGUUCUCAAAGAGAACUUCAUUCUCUGCGACCAACGAUUUCCAAAGCCAGAAUCUGCUCCACAGCGUCGCUUGAUGAUGGCGUUUGACUCUACGUAUUUGACCACAACCCUGGCCCAAAUGCAACUCCACAAUUCAGUGGGCCUGGUGGGCGGAGUAUGGGGUCCGGAUGGCAUGGACCAAAGCUUCUUGAAUCUUGAUGACGAUAUCGAUGUGGGCAAGGUGGUCAAAGCAUCAUCGCUGCUUGAGGCUGUAGUAUGGGACCCAGCAGCUUUGAGGAAAAUUCCUCUGAGUGUGUGCUGUGUUCCAGUGGAAACGAAUUUCACAGGACCGGGAAGCACCUUGCGUGGCUCGUACUUUAUGUUGGAAUUGAUGGGAAAAAUCCUUCAAGAAAGUGGAAACCUGCUUAGUGCAGUCACAUUUGAUGCUCAUGGAUCCCACUCUCUGAUCCGACGAAUUUUGCAUGGGCAGCUGAGCGAUGUGAACUUGGACGACGUGAAGAAAAUGACUUUUUGGAAGGAUCUCACCUUUGAGCCACUCCUGCAUGAUCUUCCCCGACUCCCAAUCCAGAAGUGCGUGCACAAGGGGGAGCCAUUCUUUGGAAUCCCAGGAGUCUGUCAUGCCAACAAAAACACAGGCGGACAACUGCUGUCGUGGCUGAGAACGUGUUACUUCGGACUUUAUUGGGCUGACAUGACUCAGUCCAGAGAACACGGCAUGCCACCUUCCGUCCUGGGAAGGGAGAAUGCCAUGUCUGAUAAGUGCCAGGCAGUUCUCUCGAACCCAUUUUAUUUGGAUUGCCCGCUUGGAUCUAUGGAGACCCCAUGGGCAUUGAGAGGAGCUUUGCUCCACAAUGUUUGCGUUGCAAUGUGCGUCAGUUCUCUACUCCAUCGCAACAUGACGCUUCAAGAUCGGGCAGAAGCCGGGCUUGCCGGUUUCCUUUCCUUGGAUUUGUUCAGGAUGGUGGCUGAAGAGAAGGCUGAGGAAUUGGCCGUACCUCGGGGAAGCCUGUUUAUGUCAGGGCAAACCUGCUUCAACAUACAGGGUGUGGCCCUAUCAGCCACAGUCCUGACUUUGUGCAAGGAUGCCAAUUGGCACCCAUGGAAGCAAGGAACUUGCCGCUUGUCAGAGUUACCGGUAGAGGAGUGGUUCUCUCUUCUCCGUCGACAGAGUUCGAGCUCGCAGCUCUCCGCAAGGGGAUACUUUGCUGCAGGAGCACGAACAAUGAUGAAACAUGGGAAGCUCUUGAACAAUGAAAAGCCCAUGGAACGGAAGCCUGAAAAGUCACUCACUGAAGAUGAGUUCAGGAAAUGCUGCGAGCGUGCGUUUGAGGGAGCUUUGAAGUUGGUUUCCUUUGCAUCGGAAUUGACGGAGAAAGAGCUCGAAUCCAAAUAUCGGAAGCUUUGCCAACGUGAUCCAGAAAAUGCCUUUGGUUUUGAGGAAAUUUCUCCUGACGAUGCAGAUGAAUUCUUGGAAGGCUGCUUUGUGCAAGAUGACAACCAAGAAGAUCCAGCUUUCAAGCUGCUGGGCUCUCUUCAAAGGGAGUCUGUUCUGGUGGACCCCGAGGAAGAUGCCUCAGUUGUUGACCGUUCUGCCUUUGAUGAUCCGGAGAUUGAUCAAAUGGCAGACGCAGAUGAGAUGAAGGAACUACUUCGUGAGCCGGAAGAAGUUGAUGAGACAGAUCAGAAAACUGAGUUCAUGCCUGGCAAUCUUCUGGAAGCGAUGACCUCUGGCGGAUGCAAAUGGAACUCACUCUUUCGAUAUGCUGUCAAGCUCAGAUCUGCUCCAGGUGGAUGUGAUUGCAGAUGGAUUUCCAAUGCUCGCCACGUACGUCGUGCGAGCUCAAAGUUGAAUUGGCACCAGUACAAUGAAAUGCGCAUAGCAGAAAUGAAUCGAGAAAAAGAGACAGCCGAGUAUCGAAGCCGCACGACGCGUUUGGCAAAGUGGUCCGAGCUGGUGACACGGGCAAAUCAAGACUUGCAAGUCGCCCCUGGGGUGCCAGAGCGCAUCAUGCCUGGAAAUGUGGUUUUGUUCCACUUGCCAGACGGCAACCCAAAUCCUGGAGUGGAAAUGGGUUUGGUGAUCACGGUGUGGCGCGGUGUCAAGCAACCAAAGAUCAACACCAGAGCAACGCCAUGCGCGAGCUGCAUGGCCUUCAGGGUAGUGUCCCUGGAUAUGGAUGGAGAUCAUGUGGUGAUUCUGACUCCUGAAAGUGCGGAAGUCCUGGGCAGGAUACCGGAAAUGAAGCAAUGGAAGGUGGCCCCGACGAUGACUCGGGGAGCAAAAGGACGAUCCCUGAAGAAGGCAAUGGCGCAGAGGGCUCAGAAGGCGCGAAGAGCAUUGACCCAGCCAAACAAGAAGAAGAGGCGCAGAAGAGCCAUGCAGACCUCCAAGAAAAGCGAGAAGAAAAAGAGUGAUCCAGUUCAUUUAGACACAGAGGAGGUGUCUGAAGCAACCUUCCGCCGUACAGUUCAAGGUCGUGAAGCGAUCAGAGCCCAGAUUGUGGAGUUGAAUGAGCUGGAUCGCAAUGCUUUUCCAAAGUCCCCAGCAUUCUCACCACAGGGAAGUUGCAGACUCAAGUUCCAGGGAGCCGAGAAAUUCACCUGGGAUGAUGUCUUGAGAAAUGCAGGCCCAGCCAUUGAACACAUGUAUCGCCACCCUCGUGCUGCAGAGGCAUAUGGCAAGGUUGUUUUCAAACACAUUUCUGCGAUCAAGAAGAAGUUGCAGGCAAAGGAUCCUUUUCGCAAAGGGUGGCUGCGACUGAUCAAGGAUAUCUUGGAUUAUGCUGCAAUUGCCUCGUCCAAUCCAAGCAAAUCCAAAGAUGAGCACCAGACCGAUGACAAGUGA